CUGACCUGGACUUGACUUGACCUUCUUGUCGUUGAAUCGUUUGAUUGUCUAUUGUUUCUCGGGGGAUCCUUCGGAGUUCCGUCAGCACAGCACAAUAUCCAAGGACACUGACGACGACUAUGACAUGAUCAUUCUUAAUUCUCCAUCAAUCACUCAGAAUCUUGCUCAUCGUGGUCACUCGAUCCCGCCGACCCAAUUCUUCGCCCUGGAGCCCUGACGCCAGCUCCGUCAACACCUUGACCCCAUCUGCUGAACCUCAAGUCUUACUGUUGCUAGGAUCUCUUCAUAUCUGUCUCAUACCUUGACACCUUGUCUGGUCCAACUCCUCGAUUUAUCUCGAUUUCAACCCCCAGAAAUGGCCUGGCAAUUACCGCUCCCACCAUAACUGCUGCACCAUAUUAUCAUCACCCUCGUCUCCAUCAGCCUUCCCUGCACCAGCCUAAUCCUCGACAUGACGCUCCUUGCACGUCAACAUGCCGGUCACGGUAGUAUGGGCGGUAGUAUGGGCGGUAGUAUGGGCGGAGGGUCUUCUCAGGUCCCUGGCUAUUUCUACAUGCAGAAGAUGUUUUGGGUCGUCAUUGGUUCCGUCAUCGCCUUUGCUGCACUCAUCAAUCUGCUUGACUAUAUUCUCUUGUGGCAGCGACAAAGAAGCCUCAACGCCAGACCAAAACACUUCCUUCCUCUCUGGUAUGCCACCCUCACUGCCAUAGUCCGUGAGAUCAAUUCGGCAUCGCUCCCAACUUUACACCUAGCACGCUUGAGGAUAUCAUCUCCCCCACUAGGAAAGACUCUGAUCGUCCUUGCCUAUCUCACCGUUGUCUGCGUUUUCUGCUUCUGGGGCUACGACACCGAAAGUCAAUGGAGCUGGGAAAACAUUGCCUAUCGAUGCGGCUGCAUUGCUGUCACCCAACUCCCUCUUCUAUUCCUUCUAGCUGGAAAGCAGAACCUCAUUGGCUUGCUCACGGGAACCAGCUAUGAGCGCCUCAACUGGUUGCACCGCUGGGCUGCCCGCAUCAUGUGGCUGACUGCAACCUUUCACAUGAUGUUCUGGUUCCGCAGUUGGGCUCGCUACGAUUACAUUUGGAGAAAGAUCUCCACCGAUAACCUAAGCCAGACCGGCUUCGCCGCCUAUCUCGUCCUCACCGCCGUAGUCAUUUUCUCCUUCAUCCCUAUCAGGAGAUUCAAUUACGAGCUGUUUGUCGUCUCGCACCUCGUCCUAUUCGCUGGCGCUGUCGGUGCCAUCAUGCUUCACGCCCCCCUGAGCCGAACAUAUAUAUGGGUUGCCGUCGCUCUAUUCUUCUUUGAUCGACUCGCUCGCAUUCUUGUGACCCUGCUAGCCAACCUGUCCUUUUUCCAUCCAAAGUCUCCAGGUCGAAACUGGCUAUGGGCGAACCAUGCUACACUGACGCCUCUUCCCGGCAAUGUCACGCGCAUCUCGAUCGACAACCCUGUCCUCAAAUGGACUCCAGGUCAACACGUCUUCCUCUCCUGCCACUCGGUUGUACCCUUGCAAAGUCAUCCGUUCAGCAUAGCUUCUCUGCCAUCUGACAAGAAGCUGGAGUUCCUAGUUCAAGCUCGGAGCGGAGGGACAAAGCGGUUCCAUCGCUUUGCAACGAGACAUGACGGACUGUCCUCCAGCAACAACUCGCGCAUGGUUCAAAGAAAGCUUGUUGGUGUGGAAGGCCCGUAUGGCACUCAUCGACCACUGCGCCAAUUCGACAGCGUGGUGUUUUUGGCUGGAGGGACAGGGGCUACAUUUACUGUUCCAUUGAUGCGAGAUAUUGUGCAGAGGUGGAAAAGCAGCCAGCAAGGGACCUGGGCUAUAGUCACCAAAAGAGUGCGGUUCGUCUGGGUCAUCAAAGCACGCGACCGUCUGAGUUGGUUUCAGUCACAACUGGAGCAGGCCCUCGAUGACGUUGAGACUAUCCGCAACGUGGAGGGGUAUGCGGAUAUCGAAUUGAACAUUAGCAUCUAUAUGACAUGCGAUGAAGAGCUGCAAGAGUUGAACAAGAACACCUCCUGCGUGCCACAAGUGCAUGGUGAGCCUGAGGAGGAAACCAGCGCUUCGUCAUUGCUGCGAGGAGAGAGCAAGACACAGAGUGAGGACAAGAUCCGGGUGCAGGUGGUUGAACCUCAGGAGCCGGAGCAGGAAAUCUCUGCUGGAGGAUGCUGUUGCAAAAAGACAGUCGAUGAAGACGGUGCCCCAAUGGCAUGCUGCUGCGGACCACGGUCAUCGAGUGACGCAUCGUCCUCUACGAUCGAUGAGAAGCCCACAGAUUCAGACAGCCAAAGACCAGCACCGCUACUAAAACUCGUGUCUGGUCGUCCAAAGCCAAGAUCCAUCAUCCGGAAAGUGCUCGAAGAGGCCGAAGGAGAGAGUGCAGUUGUGGUGUGCGGUCCCAAGGGAUUGCAAGAUGACGUACGGCGAAGCGUCGUGGCUCUCAGUGAUGAACGUGCCGUCCACAAAGGAACAGGGGCACAAGGAAUCUAUCUACACGUUGAAGGAUUCAGCUAUUGAUGUCGGUGGUAUAGAUAUGGUCUUUCGUGCAUGGCGACGGUGGUUUGGUUGCAUAGAUCAACGGUGGUCUCGCGGGUUAAAAGAGAUCUCGUACGAGAAAUGAAUUACAAAUUUGAUUUCGAUCACUCCAGGAAGUUCAGUAAGGUGAUUUCGACCUUUUUUGCCAGAAUGCCAGGCAGGGAUGCGGACGGAGUGUUGGUUUCACACCAUGUACAUGAGCAUUGUCUCUUC